GAACUGCAGAACUGCAGUCAGCUGAAGUAGCCUGCAGUGCUGCAUUUAACCACUACGCCACCUCGGCUCUAGAUGUUGACCUAAACUGAUCUUUGGUCUGAUACAUCAGGAACUUUAUUAUGCUCGGAGUCAAGAGUAUAUAGCUUUCAUCAGCUCAGAUCAUAUUGAGAUUUGUGGCACAUAUCAAUAAUUAAAUUCAAGAACUGAAUGUCCCAAGAUCCAAGGUGGGCAAUCUUAGGGAUGGAAUGAUGUGUUAAAGAGUACAGUGUUGUUUCCCAUUUUGGGCCUUAAUUCAUCCAAGCUUCUAAAUAAAUUCUUAUACAAGAGAAGAAUCUGAACAUUAUAUGAACAUUAUAUACAAAGGAGUCUGAAUAUUGUGUUAAACUCAAUCUGCAUCAGACUCAGGACAUUACACCUGACAUAAGGAGAUAUUAACUCAAGCCAACUAGUACAAUAUUGAUUAUUUCAAGUACAUGGUUCCAUUGAGUACAAUAACUACAUGGCAUACCCUCCAACUUCACCUAUUCUACCAGUACAGUGCUGGUUAUUCAGGGCUAGUACUGGGUACAUUCUUAGCUACGCUAGUUUUCCUUGUGCCUCCUGUCCAGUCCUCCUGCUAACCCUGUAGUAACGCCUUUUCCUUCCCAUCCAUCUCCUGCUAGAACCACCCCAUUCCCUUUUUGACCCCAGCUACCGCAAGGCAUGUGGAGGGCCCCGAGCACCCCAGCCUUGCGCUAUCUGAAGUGUGUGCCUCAUUAACAUCGGAGGGUAUGGCAUGGAUGGAGUUGAAAUAGUUGGUCAAGGUGAUGUGCUGUGUUUGUAUUGCAGGUGAUGGGAGUAGUAGGACCUUCCAGUGUGGCCGAUGGAUUACCCCUUCUUCAUCUCAGCCCUUAUCUCUCACCACCUCUACCCUUCAGCACAGCUGUUGUCCGGCUUGUAGCAUUGCAGAUCCAGACAGUCCUUGGCUGGAGCAGCCCGAAGUCCUCCUGCUGCUCCAGACAGUCAUUAACAUUUUACUACCACCUCGCAUUAUUAGCACUUCGCGUAGUAAGAACUUCAUGCUGGAGAGCUCCCCUGCCCACUGCUCCACCCCGGGAGAUGCAGGAAAGGACCUGCGUAAGGAAGGGCUGGCUGAAUCCACCAGUCAAGCCGCCUACUUGGCUUUGAAGGUGAUCCUUGUUUGUUUUGAGAGGCAGCUUGGUAGCCAAUGGUAUUGGCUGAGCCUACAAGUCAAGGAAAUGGCUUUGCGGAAAGUUGGAGGGCUGGCCCUGUGGGAUUUCCUGGAUUUCAUUGUACGCACUCGAAUUCCUAUUUUUGUACUUCUUCGACCCUUUAUUCAAUGCAAG